UGGUGCAGCUCGGCUCGGCUCGGCUCGGUUCGGCCCAGAACAGCCCAGCGGCAGCAGCUGUAGAGAACCGCAGGAGGAACCAUGGCGGCGCCAGCGCUCUCCGGUCGGCCCGGUUCGGCCGGCAGCCUCGGGAACAGCCCCACGGCCUCGGCGGCGGGGCGGCCGCCGCCCGGCGGCUCCGGGCCCGAGCUGGACUUCAGGUCCGCGGCCCGCAUGGAGGACCUGAACCGGCUGAUCCAGGAGUUCAGCAAGCACGACCAGCGGGAGUAUGACGACCAGCGGGCUCUGGAGAUCCACACGGCCAAGGACUUCAUCUUCUCCAUGCUGGGGAUGGUCCAGAAACUGGACCAGAAGCUCCCGGUGGCCAACGAGUACCUGCUCCUUUCUGGAGGCGUUCGGGAAGGCGUGGUGGACAUGGACCUGGAUGAGCUCAGCGUCUACGCCCGCGGCACAGACUACGACAUGGACUUCACUCUACUGGUCCCCGCGCUCAAACUCCACGACCGGAACCAGCCGGUGACCCUGGACAUGCGGCACUCGGCGCUGGGCCACUCCUGGCUCAGCCUGCGGCUCUUUGACGAAGGAACCAUCAACAAGUGGAAGGACUGCUGCACUAUCGUCGAUCACAUCAACGGGACCACCAACUACUUCUUCUCCCCGACGCUGGUGGCCGACUGGUUCUACCAGUCCAUCUCUCUGGUGCUGCUGGAGGUGCAGAAGAAGCCACAGAGAGGGAUGCCGAGGGUGGAGAAGGUGGAUCGCAACGGGACCAUCAUCUCUGUCAUCCUGGGCGUGGGCAGCAGCCGGAUGCUCUACGACAUCGUCCCGGUGGUGUCGUUUAAAGGCUGGCCUGCGGUGGCCCAGAGCUGGCUGAUGGAGAACCACUUCUGGGACGGGAAGAUCACCGAGGAGGAGGUGAUCAGCGGCUUCUACCUCGUCCCCGCCUGCUCCCACAAAGGCCGCAAGGAGAACGAGUGGCGGCUGUCGUUCGCUCGCAGCGAGGUUCAGCUGAAGAAGUGCAUCUCGUCGAGCCUGAUGCAGGCGUACCAGGCCUGCAAGGCCAUCAUCAUCAAGCUGUUGUCCCGACCCAAAGCCAUCAGUCCGUACCAUCUGCGCAGCAUCAUGCUGUGGGCCUGCGACCGUCUCCCUGCCAACUAUCUGGCUCAGGACGACUUCUCCGCCCACUUCCUGCUGGGCCUGAUCGACGACCUGCAGCACUGCCUCGUCAACAAGAUGUGUCCCAACUACUUCAUUCCUCAGUGCAACAUGUUGGAGCACCUGUCCGACGAGACGGCCGUGCUGCACGCCCGCAAACUGUCCUCGGUGCGCUCUGACCCGGCCGAGCACCUCCGCACCACCAUCGAGCACGCCAAGGCCGCCAACAGGUUGACGGUGGAAGUGCAGUGGCGAGGCAGCUCCACCAACCUGCCGUCGCCGCAGUCCGACGCCGGCGGCGAGAACCAGCCUGACGAUCGGCUCGCCAAGAAGCUGCAGCAGCUGGUGACGGAGAAUCCCGGGAAGUCCAUCUCAGUGUUCAUCAACCCGGACGACGUGACGCGGCCGCACUUCCGCAUCGACGACAAGUUCUUCUGAGACUGGGCCGACCCCUCCCUGUCCUUCACCCGGUGCCCCGCCUCUGAAACUUUCUUUUUUUUACUUUUUUUAUGUUUCCUGCCACAAAGUGAAGUAAUUGUCUAGUCGUCUGCCACAGUUUCUUAUUUUUAGUUUUAUUUUUCUACUCCCCUGCCCGGGUUUUUCACUGUGUGCCCUGUGUUUUCUACCUUCUCAAUGCCUUUUAAACUGACAGCUUGUUCUUAAAACUGAAGGAAGGGACUGAAAUCCACCGCAUGGUCCGAAUGCUGGUCCUGGAAAAAUGUUGAUACUUAUCAGGGAUCCUGGAAAAGAGACAAACACAUCAACUUCCUGAGUAACUCGGGUUUAUUUGGGUUCUCUGGAUUGGAGAUGUAAAAGCUGCGUUGUUGAGAGAAUAAUUGAAAGUUGUUGUGUUGUCUCGGAACCAGGAGUGGACCCGGCAGAGAUCCUGUGACGGUGGAUUCAGGCCCUCUGAGGAAUGUCUCGUCCCUGCUGGGGGACGGCGGUACUAAAGUCUUAGAAACUAACUGUAAAUAAGUAGAAGAAAAACUGACUGAAGAGUGUAGACGGACGGAAAACAUACUGAUGUUAAUUUGUGGGCUACUUUUCGUCUAAUUUUGCACAGAAUGUAAAAAUCACCUCCUUUCCUCCUGAUUGUGAACGUCCCGGUUCUAAAUGGAGUGGCGGGGCGACGCUGUGCCGAUGCAGCUUCAGACGGACGCUGACCUCUUCCACUUUCAUAGGCGUUAAACGUGGAGAAGGGUGAGCUGCUGGUGCUGCUGGUGCUGCUGGUGCUGCUGGUGCUGCUGGUGUGCAGCAGAGACGUGUUGCCCUGCAGCUGCCUGGUUUGGGCGUGCUGUGCGGCUAACGUUGUAGCAGCUGUAAAUGGCAGCACUUCUUUGCUGCAGCAUCACCAGUUUAUUCAGCUCCCAUAAGACGCAGAACGUCCAGUAACUGUUGAGCCGCAGCGCCUACAGCGCCAUCUGGUGACCAAACAGAAAUAAAACACAUUUGACUCCUGCAAAGAGAAACCUUUAGCCCAAAGCUCCCACCGUCGCUCUAAAAGUUUCACUAAGUUACCUGAAGUUCUGGGACGUUUAUGCUAACGCUAACGUUAGAAUGCUCCUCCCAUCACACACCGCGGUUUCUAGAAACGCAUCGGGUCUUUGGCAGCAGAACCGAACCUGAAACCGUCCAGUUGGGUCAGUCGGUACCAGCACAACACUGUGCUGUUGUCACAAGCAAUUCAAUAAGAAAAUGUCAGAAUAUUAGAGGAAAAAACGCCUGCAGAGUCAAAACCAGAGCGGUUUCAUGGCGACUUCCUGCGUUUCAUUAAUAAGCUUUAAACUGGAGCUAAAUCUAAAAGUCGUACCAAAGUUUUCUUAAACGUUGAAUGUCAGAAGCUUCUGGUGGAGAUCUGACCCGUUUAAACUGACCUAUGGUUCUGAUGGGACGAAUCCACAAACGUCCUCAUGUUUCAUCAUUCUCAUGAAACAAACAUCAGCGAAUCGUUUGAAACAUUUUGAUGCAUUUUUAUCCUCAGUAUCAGAGUGACCUUUGACCCUGGAGUUACAUCUUAUCGGCUCUCUUCUAGCUGUUUCUCCAGAACCGGUGACCCAGUUUGAUAUCCGUUCGGCUCUCAGAACAGAACCGGUUUAAUUCGGGUUUAGGAGGUUCUGGAUGAGUUUUUCUGGGUUUGGUUCCGGUUUGUGUGAAAGUGGAAGAGUCGGUCCUGCAUCGGCUCAGGGUCGCAGGUCGCUGCCUCCACAUGCUCUCCGCUGGUCACAUGAUUCAGGAACUUCCUGUUUGAUAAGCUAACUCUUGUCUCCAGCUGCUUCUUUGUGUUUAUAGCGACGGGUCGGGUCCGGCCGCUUCCCGGCCGACCCGCUCCCACGUCGGCGAACAUCAGCACCAGAACAAGAAGCUUCUCCUGCAGCCGUCGGGCCGGUUACGUCGUCUCCACAUAUCCUCAUCCUCAAGUGCAAUUAGUGAAUGUACACAAAGACACGUAGCAUGAAGACACUCCAGGUCUGAGCUGCACAGCUCCUCCACUGACUCACUCAGAGGCCCUGAAGCCAUCAAAGUGCCACACACACACACACACACACACACACACACACACACACAGUCACACACUAACACACACUCACAUACACACUAACACACACUCACAUACACACACACACUAACACACACUCACAUACACACACACACUAACACACACACACUAACACACUCACAUACACACACACACUAACACACACACACUAACACACUCACAUACACACACACACUCACACACACACUCACUCACACACACACAUACACACCACACUCACACACUCACAUACACACUAACACACACUCACACACACACACACUCACUCACACACUCACAUACACACACUAACACACACUCACAUACACACUAACACACACUCACACACACACACACUCACUCACACACUCACAUACACACACACUAACACACACUCACAUACACACUAACACACACUCACACACACACACACACUCACUCACACACUCACAUACACACACACUAACACACACUCACAUACACACUAACACACACUCACACACACACUCACUCACACACACUCACAUACACACACACACACACACUCACAUACACACACACACACUAACACACACUCACAUACACAGACACACACACACUCACACACACUCACAUACACACACACACUAACACACACUCACAUACACAGACACACACACACUCACACACACUCACAUACACACACACACACACACUCUCCUGCUCGGUGGAAAUGUCGUCGGUGUUUUCUGACCUGGUCUCCUGUUGGGCUGUGAUUCUUUCUGUUCUGUGUUUUGCUGCUUCCUGCUGAUGAUGGAUUUUUGUUUUGAGCUCAGAUGGUUGAGAACUUCCUGCACUGUAACACCAGAGUCCUCAUAAACACGUCUCACCUGAACGCACCGCCUCUCCUCUUAUUCAUAAGUCAUGACUUAACCAGAAAGGUUUAUUUUUAACCGCUGCCUCCUUUAAAGCUCCUUAUGAUUCUGAAAUCCAACUCAGAACCAACUGAGAUUUUUAAAUCCAGACGUAACAAAUGAAGAUUUCAGCAGAUUUUCCAUGAACUAUCCACUGAGAUCUGUUUCAGGUUGGAAACCGAAUCUUCAUUUAGUUUCCAUGAACAUAAACUUUAUUAUACAUACAGAAAAUAAGGCUAAAACUAGAGGCACUAGAGCUGAACCCUGUGGAUCUCCGUUUUUAAUAGACUUUAUGGGAAAAUGUUCCCUAACCUGCACCAUGUUUUAUUACAAAGACGAGACAAAAAAUGAAAAGACAAGAAAACAAAUGUUAGGAUUGUUUAGGAAAAUAUGAAAUGUGGAUGAGAAGGAGAAAAAUCUAAUGGUUUUUUAGUAAAUAGUCAUUUUAUAGUAAACAUUUCAAAUACAACCAUUUGUAAACAUGUGGUCACCUUCACUAAUCAUUAAUAACCAGUUAUUAGUGAUUUCUAAAGUGUUUUCAGAUGAAUUCAUAAACUAUUCAUGCUUAUUGUAAAUUGGUUCUGAUUUUUUAAAGGAAAUGGAAAACUUCUCAUACAUGGUGGACACGUGACCUGGUUCCUGAUUGGUUUAAAAGCAGACACGUGACCUGGUUCCUGCUCUGGUUCUGUUUGCUGUAGUUUCCUCUGACUGCCGCCAGGGGUAGCAGUGAGCGCAGCAGCGCCUGAAGAUGUUCUGUCCAUUUUUUCUCUUAUUUUAAUGUGUUUAUUCUCGGAUCAUUAUUCUUUUAUUCGUUUUUUCAGCUUCAGUCCUAAAGUUUCUUACUUCCUGUCUCUGAUUCUGCUUCCUGUUUUGUCCUGAUUCAGUUGUUUUGGCCUCCAGCUUCCUGUCGUCUCAGCACCUGUCCUCCACCUGUCCUCCACCUGCUCGCCGUCCUGCUGCUGAGCUCGUCGCCGUGCCAACGGGAAACCAUCCAUCAUCCUAACAUGCUGAAAGUACAAAACGCUCAGAGAAAAGCCUGACGCUGUACAGAACCAGAACGUCUCGGUUGCUUUUCCGUCCUGUGAUCCAGAUUGAACCUCAUUUGCUCUGGACUUUCUUCAGACUUGUUUUGGACUUUAGCUGCUUUUUCACUGAAUUUCACAUCAACAGAACAUUUACAGAGGAAUUAUUCCAGUAUUUAAGCCUGCAACCUCUGACCUCUCAGCGAUUCAGGCUUCAUUCCCACCAGCCCAGUUCAGCCACUUUAACCCGACUCCGGUCCAUCUGUCUGUAAACUCCGGUCCGUUUGCAGAGGGGUGAACGCUUAUCGACCUCUGACCUCUGGUCUGGUUUAAACUAAUUUGAAUAAUAAACUGAUUGAUUACUAGGAUCAA